AGGGGUCCCCAAACCGGUGUCGUUUGACGGUCCAAGAGAAAGAAGGCAUAAAAUCAGCCUCGAACAACCAAAACCACUCCUAAACCCUCUCAGUUUCAGACUUCAGAGCUGAGAGAGAAAUGUUUCGGAGCCGAGUCGUAGCGUUGUUUGUGAAGAAGAACAGCAAAGCUCUGUACAAUCUCUGGGGAACGACGCCGUCUAGGGUUCUGAACGAGGAAUCUUAUCGAUUAUUCUCUACUGGAGCCACACGGAAAUGCUUGGAUGGCUUUCAAUCUUUGUCUAAGGGAAAUUAUGUACCAUCUAUAAGGAAUAUGUCCACUGUUGCUUCUGUAGGCAUAAAAAAUAAGGAGGGAUUGAAGCUUCUUGUAAAUGGAGGACCCCGUGCUCAGAAAAUGGUUGGCAUUUGGCUUUUUGGCUCUGCUGCAUGGGUGUUUAGUAUGGUGAUACUUGGUGGUAUUACACGACUAACGCGAUCUGGUCUUUCGAUGACUGAUUGGAAAUUUACUGGGAGGCUUCCUCCUCUCUCAGAUGAGGAUUGGUUGCUUGAGUUUGGGAAGUACAAGCAGUCCCCUGAGUAUAAGCGUGUAAAUCAAGGGAUGAGUAUUGAAGAUUUCAAAUUCAUCUAUUGGAUGGAAUAUGCACAUCGAAUGUGGGGAAGGGCACUGGGAAUUAUGUUUGCGUUGCCCUUCUCAUAUUUUCUCCGUAAGGGGUAUAUUACCGUACAACUUGGACUGAGACUGUCUGCUCUUUUUGGUCUUGGUGCUGGGCAGGGUUUAAUUGGUUGGUGGAUGGUUAAAAGUGGUUUAGAGGAGCCAGCAUCUGAAUAUGCUCAGCCAAGAGUAAGCCCUUACCGUCUUGCAGCUCAUCUUACUUCAGCCUUUGCUAUAUAUUGUGGCCUUUUAUGGACAGGUCUUUCUGUUGUCAUGCCGGAACCACCUUCUGAAUCACUAGCUUGGGUUCGUGGGGCAGCAAAGGUGAAGCAACUUGCUCUUCCUGUAAGCUUACUUGUCGGAGUAACUGCUGUCUCAGGAGCAUUUGUUGCUGGGAAUGAUGCUGGGCAUGCUUACAAUACUUUUCCAAAGAUGGGGGAUACAUGGAUCCCAGAGGAUGUUUUUGACAUGAAGCCACUAAUCCGGAACUUCUUUGAGAAUACAUCUACUGUGCAGCUUGAUCACCGUAUCCUUGCAACUGCAACUUUAUUUUCAAUUGGUGCUUUGUGGUGGUCAACAAGGAAGUUUGACAUACAUCCUGCAGUUCGGUCUUUGAUUGGAAGUGCUGUAGGCAUGGCUGGCCUUCAGGUCACACUGGGAAUAUCUACACUGCUGUCAUAUGUGCCUGUAGAGCUUGGUACAGCACAUCAAGCUGGGGCUUUGACUCUCCUGACACUGAUGAUCCUUCUCAAUCACACUUUGCGUAGGCCAUCGCCGUAUCUUCUUAAAUCUCUACCUCAAGUUGCAAAGACAAUCUAGAUGACUUUGUAGUACAAUUUUGGAACAACCACUUGACAUUUUAAUUGGAUGAAACAAAAAGAUUUAUUGGAUUCUUGUGCUCUACGUAUAUAUCGCUGGCGAUCAAACCGGGAGUUAUUUUCUAGAUGUGCAGAGAUGUGCUUGUAGUUUGGAUUAUGAUUUCAUUGUUAUCGAGUGACCACGAGUUCUUGAGCUUACCGAGGACACCUUUUUUGGGGCAGUUUUGCAUUUGGUAAAUAUUAAUUUGUGAUAGAUAUAGGUUCCGGUAGAAUGAUUUCUGAUA